UGCAUCCCUGCUUUUCUUUUUCCCCCCAAAGAACUCCACUGGCUCUUCCAUCAGCUGAGGGAGAUAUGAGAUGCAAUUGAAAGCAGACAAGCCAAGUACACACUGAGUUAAAAUGUUUUCUUGUAAAACCUGCAUGGUCAAAAAUGAGCUUAUAGGUAGCCUAUAUAAUUUUGUAGGCUAUUUUAAGACCAAACAGGGCAUUAGCUAUGUUCAAUAAUAAAUAGUACGUACGUUAAUAAAUUAACAAUACGGUAUAAUAGCCCAAAUAACAUAAAACGUAGUAAAGACGAAUACAUAGCCAUUUUCCUAAUUCCAUACAAAAGGAACAAAAACGACAGGAGAACAUUAGACACCAGCGCUCUCUGGUCAGCCGCGAAUCCGAUGUUCACCGACUACACCUGAAGGCAGCACAACACAGACACACAGUCCCCGCACUCUGCAGCACACACAGCCACUACCUGCUAGGCGUAAUGGACGUAUUAUCCGAUGCUCCCAGCUUCAUCCUUAGCGUAGCGGAGACGCGGGAGAAGCCAGGCCCGACAUGACAGCGCCGGGACGGGAGAAGAAAGCACGCCAGCAGCCGCGGUUGACCGUCCGGCCCGAAGCGGUGUGUGCAGCGGGUCGCUACGCCGUGUUGGCUGCCCUGUGCGCCCUCUGCUACAGCAACUCUCUCCGCGGGGAAUUGGUGCACGACGAUGUUUGGGCUAUCAUCAACAACCCGGACGUCCGACCGGGCUCCAGCCUCAGAAACAUCUUCAACAACGACUUCUGGGGCAAGAGGAUGGCGGACAAUACGAGCCACAAGUCCUACAGACCGCUAUGCAUCCUUACCUUCAAGUUGAACAUCCUGCUGGGUGGCAUGACGCCUCUAUAUUUCCACAUCAUAAACGUGUGUUUGCACUGUGCCGUAACCUGCCUGCUCAUGCACACGUGUGAACGAUGUGUGUUCGAAGACUCGCGCCUGGCCUUUGUCACAGCACUCCUCUUUGCUGUGCAUCCUGUCCACACCGAGGCUGUGUCUGGUAUAGUGGGCAGAGCUGAUGUCUUGGCGUGUCUGCUGUUCUUGCUGACGUUCCUCUCCUACAUCAGGAGUGUGGGUGUGUGUUACUCAGAGGACUCUCUGCCCUCCACAGUGUCAGCAUUGUGUCUGCUCCUCACUUUGUUGCUGGGCACCUGCGCCAUGCUGGUCAAGGAGACGGGCAUCACUGUGUUCGGAGUGUGUGUGCUCUACGACGCCCUGGUGCUGUGCCGCAAGCCCCUCAUCUAUGACUUGUCGGGCUCCAGACUCAGGGACCUCCACCACAUCUGCAGCCCUUUCAUUAAACGAGCCUGCCUCAUCUCUGGCUACGUGGUGAUCAUCAUGUCAGUCAGGCUGUGGCUGAUGGGAGGAUCCAUGCCCCUCUUCUCUGAACAGGACAACCCCGCCUCCUUCUCACCCUACCUGCUUACCAGGCUUUUGACCUAUUCUUACCUGCUGUCCUUCAAUGCCUGGCUGCUGCUGGCCCCCAUCGUGCUGUGUUACGACUGGCAGGUGGGCAGCAUUCCCCUGGUGGAGUCACUGGGUGACGUGCGCAAUGUGGCCACCGUGCUGCUGGCCGUAGUGAUGGUUGCUCUCUGCCUGCACUGCAUCUUCUCACAGCAGAGACAGGAGAGCAGGGAGGUGUUGGUGGGAAUGUUGUUUCUGGUGUUUCCCUUCAUUCCUGCCAGUAAUCUUUUUUUUAGGGUGGGAUUUGUUGUGGCUGAGAGGGUUCUAUACAUGCCAAGUAUGGGUUACUGUAUCCUGGUUGUUCAUGGCAUGGGUCGGCUGUGUUCAGUGGUGGGCCGUUGGGGCACCACACUCCUCAGUGUCUCCAUGCUGCUGCUACUCCUGCUCUUCUCCUGGAAGACUGUCCAGCAGAACCAUGUCUGGCUCUCCAGGGAGGCCCUCUUCCGCUCUGGUAUCCAGACUCUGCCUCACAAUGCCAAAGUCCAUUACAACUACGCCAACUUCCUGAAAGACAGUGGCCGCCACCAGGAGGCCAUUCACCACUACACUACUGCCCUCAGGUUAUACCCCCGCCAUGCCAGCGCUAUGAACAAUUUAGGCACUCUGACUCGCAACCCAGAGGAGGCUGAGCACUACUACAGGAAGGCAUUGGACAUCAACCCUCAGCACAACCGAGCGCUGUUUAACCUGGGAAACCUCCUCAAGUCCCAGGGGAAGGAGAAAGAGGCUGAGACUCUGCUGAAGGACUCUAUCCACUUUGGGACACAUUUUGCUGAUGCUUAUUCCAGUCUGGCAUCACUCUAUGCUGAGCAGAAACGCUUUGCUGAAGCCAAUGAAGUGUAUCUAAAAGGUAUAGAGAACUGUCCAGACAGCUCUGACCUACAUAAUAACUACGGAGUCUUUCUGGUGGAUACGGGUGAGGGGGAGCUAGCAGCUGCUCACUACCAGCAAGCUGUUAGACUCAAACCAGCACACUAUGUUGCCAUGGUGAACCUGGGCCGCCUGCUCCGAUCUUCCAAUGAGAACAAAGAAGCUGAGUCUUGGUACAAGAGGGCACUGCAGGUGACGAGGAAGGUGGACAUCCUGACUCCGCUCGGGGCUCUGUACUACAACACGGGCCGGUACGAGGAGGCCCUGCAGGUGUACAAAGAGGCCGUCGCCCUUCAGCCAGACAGCACGGACAUCUGGCUGGCUCUGGCUCAGGUUUUAGCCAUGGCUGGUCGUACCAAAGAAGCAGAGAAGAUGACCCUGGACAUCAUAUCAAGAGAGGGCAGUUGUAUCGAAUGUUACCGCCUCCUGUCUGCCAUCUACAGCAAGCGCGGCAAUUACACAGAAGCACUGGAUGCUCUGGACAAGGCCCUGCAGCAGAGUCCCAGUGAUAUGACAGUUAGAGCAGAGCUAUAUUUCUCCAAAGGAAACCAGCUCAGAGAGAUGAACCAGCUGGACCGAGCCUUCGAGAGCUACAAGCUGGCUGUGGAACUCAAACCUGACCAGUCCCAGGCCUGGAUGAACAUGGGAGGGAUUCAGCACAUUAAGGGAGACUAUGCAGCAGCCAGGAUGUACUACCAGCGAGCCCUGCUUCUUAGCCCCGGUUCCAAACUUCUGAAGGAAAACCUGGCCAAGCUGGACCGGCUGGAGAGGAGACUGACAGGGGGAGCAUAGACCACUAUGAUUUCCCAAACACUGCACCAUCCUAGGCACAGAUCAGGGGAGCCCCCUGGAGCCCAAACACCAGCCACUGCGCUGCUGAAUAAUACUGAACUGAUCUGGUUACUAAGAUGAACAGCCUGAGUGAGAGCAGAGGAGGAGGGUGAACUUUUCAGGUUUGCAGUGUGUUUGGAAGUGGACCGGGUUUGCUGGAAUCAAAGAAACUGAUUAAGCCACAGUCCAGAAGCCUUUUCUUGAGUAAGCAGAAGGGAAUGGCUGAAUGAAGACCACUGGGUGCCCCAUGUGUUGCCCUCUCUGGAUUAGCUUUACAUCAACAUGCACAUCUGCUUAAGACAUUUGUGUUUGAUUGAUUAUUAUUUAGGUUCAUGUGACGUCAUUUCCUUUAUGGGACUUAAUCACAGAUUGUAUUUCAGUCCUCUGUUGGAAUUAAUCAUGUAUUUGCAUUGGUGCAGUAAAAGUAUAUGGAAAUAUGUUACUAUUAUGAAGGGAAUAAGCAUGGGAACAGUAUGUCUAAAGCUGAAAACACACCAGCACAACCGACACACGUCAAGUGCCGCCCAGCACACACAGGUUGUGUUGCGCUGCAGCUCAUCAAUAGGUGACCACACAAAGUAUUGUUACUGAAAGAUCUGUACCACUUUUACUUGUGUUAGCUUAAAAUCACGUGGACACCCACUAGUUAAAGUUGAAAUCCCACCUGAAGAGCCGAUCCCCAGAGCUAUGACUCACCAAGAGCUAUCUUUUUGGCCAUUCUCCAUUCCAGUCCAGGAACGCCAACGCACGUCUAGCUGCCACCAGUGUGGGGUUGCACAUUGCAAAUAAUAUGGUCAUAUUUUUUGACGUGCCAUUUGCUGCCGGUGUGUUUUGGCCUUAAUGAAAUAAUCUAAGCUUAAAGGUCCACUCACUAGCUUUCAGAACUUUCAACUGCAUCUCAAAGUCGUCUCAUCAGGUGGCCUGACUUACACCUGGUCACUUGGUCACUCACUCACACACUCACUCACACACACACACACACACACACACACACACACACACACACACACAGGAACAAUGAUUAGGACAGGUCAGCUGCCCAGGUGCUUGUUCCUCUUCUGAAUCAGUAGACUGGGAAGCAUUGGGUGCAGAGUGUGCUUUUUUUCAUCCAGAGAAAAUAAAAUACAGCUAUGUAGCAUUUGCUGUGCUACCCAACUACUUAGAGGAAUAACAGUUUGCUGCUUAAAAGGUUGUGUGCUUUUUAAAAUGGUCACGCAACCUAAAACUAGUUUUACUAUAUGUGGUGGUACACCUCCAUACUGGUCACAAAUUUGUCUCACCUUUUGACAAUAAAUUUCUGACUCAAGUACUAAGUCCUCCUGGAGAAUUAAAGCUCAAAUUAUUCAUGUUGUAUGAAUCAAAGUUAAGGUACAACAUUCAGCUGAAAUUGACAUGGUUGAACCUGACUCUGUUGGCCUUAAAAAAGUACAAAACUACAUCAUCCACUCACAGUUGUAGAGUGUUGUUAAAGAGUGGCAUUUCUUGUUACAAGUGAAGUGGAAUUCAGGCAGGACCACUUCAUUCAAAGAAAACUUUAUUUCCAUUUGCAGUAUUAUAUUUGGUGGUCUGGCUCUGUUCUGGGAUCUCUCUGCCUUUCCUUAAGAGAGCACAACUCUCUGUCCUUCCACUCACAAACGAGGAAAGCCUGAGGCAGAGAGAGAACACGUCUCUGCCCUUCCACAUGCAUAACAGGUAGGGCUGGGCGGUAGGACAAAAAUUUCAUAUCACAUUUUUUAAAAAAAAAAUCACAUUGGUUUCAUGGUAUUUGACGGUAUUUUGCUCGGGUUCGGCCCCCUUGACAUGCUGCUGUGUUGUGCUAUGGCCUAUUCAAGUGCUGGAAUUUGUUAUUUACGUGGCAACGCCUGAAUGCAACACAGGCUCUGCUCCAUUAGUGCCGUGCUCGGUUAUAAAACAGAGAGCAGAGGAGAAUGUAAACACUCGAUCAUGUAGAGACAGAAAUGACAUGCCGUCAUGUAAAUAAGAUAAAUAACAUAAGGCUAUUUAGUUUGUUUAAUAAAAGGACAAGGUAUAGACCUGUUCUAUAGGCCAGGAUAUGAAGCGUACGUAAAAAUCAUCAGCGGCGGCACAUAUAUAUGCAUAUAGGGGAAACACUGCUUUUUUUGGUAUGAGUUCUUAUGGGUCAUCGUGUUCUUCUUCAGCAACGUGUACAGUUGCUUCGCCUUCAGAACUCUCUCCAGCAGCCAUUCUCUCCUCUAAACUUUUCUCUAUGCUUUCACUCUCGCCAGUUCUAGCAUCACUGUGGUGUGCAGCGGUGAAAUGGGUCCCUGCUGAAACACUUUACAGCCACGCACGUUCCGGACGUUGUUUGGGCAAUUCACCAGUAUUGGGAUAUAUGAAAAAUUCAUAUCAUAACGAAAAUAAAUACUGGUUUUCGGUACAAAGCGGUAUACUGCACAGCCCUAAUACCAGGAAAGCCUGAGGCAGAGAGAGCAAACCUUUCUGCCAUUCCAGAGCAGCAGCAAAGACCCCCUGGGAACAGAACAGAGCAAGCAUCAAUGACAAACAGAAAUUACAUUCAUAAGUCAGACACAGCAUGAAAAGGAGGGGCUGGGGUAGAGGCAGGUUGCAAAGCAGCUUGCACAGGAAGCAGCAACAGUAGGCAGGCCAAAGCAGUUUAAAUAGAGUGCCCUGAAUGAGACUUGGCAAUUGGUUGCAUAUUUCUAUCAGCUGACUCCCUUUCAUCAAUCGGCUGCUCCAUCAGUUGGUUGGGCUGCUUAAGAUCAGCUGAUGUAGCUGGGAUGUGAGCUGAGGUCAACAUAGUGUCCUGCCCGAACUAACGCUAUGCUCAAGUUUUGGCCUUUGGCUAAGUGUGGCAUUAUUGUUAAUUCUGCAGCUGAUACAAUUUUGCAUCUGUCAGCAGUUUAUUUUUAUUAUUUAAACCAGCAAAAGCAACAGUUUGUGUCAACUAAAUCUGUCUGAUUGUGAUGAUCUGAGGUAUCUUUUGUUGUAUGUCUGUUGGUCAAUGGACUUGAACUUGUAUUGCGCCUUUCUAGUCUUCAGACUACUCAAAGCACUUUAACACCACCUCACAUUCACCCAUUCACACACUGGUGGCCGAGCCUACCAUACAUGGUGUCACCUGCUACUCAAUUAACCAUUCAUACACAAUCACACACUGAUGAAAUAGUCAUCGGGAACAAUUUUGGGGUUCAGUAUCUUGCCCAAGGAUACUUCAGCCUACGGACUAGAGGAGCCAGGGAUCAAACUGCCAAUCUUCCGAUUAGUAGCCCUUUUUUAACCUUCAAAGGCAUAUUUGUUAAUCUAUUACUUCUUGUGGUCAAGAAGCACAUCUCCUCUGUUUAAAUAAAUGCUCCCUAAUUUUUUAAUGCAUCCUUAGCAUCCACAUUGUCCUGUUUGGAUGCCUCUCUAUGUGCACACCCUAACAAUAAUCCCAUCUCCUUUUCUGCUUUUGAAAUUUAUGAAAUAAUAUCCACUACGCACACAUAUGUGUUAACAACAUACUGAAUGCCCAUGGAUGCAUUCCAGCAUUGUUGGUCUGCACUGCCACAUGAACUGAACACCUGAACCAGCACCAUUCAACAAUGAGAAAGGGUUGAAAGCCCCAAAAAGCUAGUAAGUGGACUCCUAAGUUCAGUUUUGUUGCAAAUGAAGGGAAUUGUUCUACUCAAGACUUAAGUCCCACUCUCUGCUGAAAAAAUGUCUGAAUACAGUAUAAAAAAGGCAAUAUCUGUAAGGAUCUUAGAUUUUAUAACAUGAUUAUAUGAGAACUUUAUUAAGAUUCAUAACAGCUGCUUUCCAUUUAAACAUGGGCACGAGACCGCCGCCAUAUUUGUGUCCGAUUUGACUGUACCCCUCAGUUUUGCUAUGGCAGUACACACCUCACACUUAAACGAGACGGAGAGACAACAAUAUUUGUUAAAAAUUUCCACUAUUGGUUGCGACCCAUAUUUAGUACCCUCAACAGUAUUUUGUCUGCUAACCUCUGCAAAACGCCUGCCCCAACUCAUGUUCCCGGAUAUUUAUAUUUAUUUGAUUCAUAAUCCGUCCCCCUACAGCCGAGACAGCCUGAAGGCUUUUAAGAGCACGGAUGCCUACCAGUAUGCUGUAGCUGGAUGGGUGAAGGAAGCACGGAUAUGGCACCUGGAGCCAAAGAAAUUAUAUAUCAUCACAGCACAUGUAAGUAAUUCAACAACCAUGUUUAAAAGUGUGGUUUUGGUAGUAGUUUACUGUUAACAUUACCCUGAUUAGCUAGCAAGUUGCUAGCUGCGGGGCUAUCAGUUCACCAGUUUCUUUACAUUACCACUUUAGCUCGCUGCCAGCUGACAUCCAUGCUUUAUCAUCCAUGAAGGGAAACGUAUGUGUGACUUUUCAUGUAGACUGUUUGUGGUUAACUCUGAUCAUGUUAGCAAGUGAGUUGUUUGCUAAACAUUUGCACUUUAGCAUGCUGUCGGGCUGUCGGCGUUAAUCAUAUGGCAUCUGAAGUUAAUCAUGUUUCGCGUGUUUUGUAAGGGGUUUUCAAAGACUAAAAUAAAAAUUAGAUAGAGUUGAGGACUUGCCGGACACGAAGUGUUGACUGCACAACCUGGAGGUAGCUGUUGGCUGCCAGUGGUCUCUUCUUAUCGCAGCCAACCAUUUAUUCCGCUGGUCUACAUCCUUUGGGAUGGAAUAAAACUGCAGUCCGGGGUUUCUUUGUCGACUGGUAUCACAGCCAACAGCACAACAUAUUCCUGGCAUCGUUCAAUGAACAUAAAUUUUCGGUCUCUCGCUGAUUUUCUUCCUACUCUACUUGUUUUGGUAACGUGACAACGCUGUGACCUGUGACCUGACUGCUGUGGGCGGACACAAAUAUGGCGGCGUGAAAACACUGUGACAUCAUGUGGUCUUGAUGAAUACAAUGUUUGUGUGCCCCCCUUGCCCAGAACUGGCUACAGUGUAAGAUCUGAUGUUACAAGCCUUCUGCAAGUAUAAUAAGCUAGUGUGUGUACUCCUGUGUAAGGAGUUGAAACUCGUGGCUUCAUGCAUACCAUAGCCUCUAAGGAUUGCCGUUUGAUUGCUUGUUGUGGUUUUGUUGACAGUGAUGUUGAUUAUGAAUGAUUUUUUUGUUGUGGAAUGACAAUGGGAUGAAAAUGAAGUGACUAGUGCAAUGACUGUCUUGCACCAAAUAAAUAAAAGUAUAUGUUUUAUUAAAUGCUGUGUCAAGUCAUAUGUCUAUAUAGUAAGCAAAUAAACACUUCACUGGACUCAGUAGGCACAACAAAAACGAAGGGACAAAAAAAUCUACAACCAGCCUGGAAGCUAGCUUGAUAGGCUGGACAAAAUUGAAGAAUUACUAAAAGGUAUAAAUGAACAAAAAAAAGUAAAAAAAAAAAAAAAAAAGAAGAGUGAGAUACACAGAGGAUCACGGAGCAUGUGCAGACCAACUGCUAGCUUACAUCAUAUGUAAACAACUUCAUUUAGAAGGGCUCCGUGAGGACAAUGAAAAAUAGUUCAAGACGGUCCAAACUGCCAUAACGUUCUCACUCCGACUUUGUCACAUAUUGACAUUUGGUGUUGGACUUUGUCACACAUGUUGAUAUUCUGGGACAGCGUGUCAACUUACGCCUGUUACAUACAUUGUCUGUUUUAAAAAUGCACUUCUGUUUUUAUAGGAAAUGUAAAGUUUGCAUACAUGUGUGUCUUUAUAAAUAAACACACUACAUCAGUACAACACCAGGAAUUGAAAAUUUUUUGCUUUAACAACAAAUGCACUGGGUUACCUUAAGCCAACACAAACACAUGGUUGGGUUUAGGCAACGUGGUGAAAGUUGUUGGUUGUUGAACCCAUCCACCACCCCUCCUGCUCACCCUACUUUCCAUUGUUGUCCCUCUGCGUUAACACCCAAUGCCGCUAGGCACCAUUAAAAAAUUAUGGUAACCGGCCACUUUUCAUGUCAAAGGACAGUUUCUUUUGUCAGUGUCUGAUGCCGGAAGUCAGUGACCAAGCGCCAGUUUUCAACGACUUCAUAGUGAGACUGUAUUGAAUCUGCAGAUCUGUUGAGUGAAGGAAGGGACCGAGGGCGAUGAUGUUUGGCAGAAAGUGGCUUUCAAACUACCUGAAGAGGAUGAUCUCAGUAUCAAGCGCGCUCACAGGUCUCUUGCAUGAAAACCCACAAACCCAAAUAUCUCCAGAUUGGGUGUGGUUUAAGUCCUACACUUUUCAAAACAGCAAUGGAUCCUGUAUGGUUGGAACACAAAAGACUUUCAGUUUGAAGGAACCUGUAUCACAUUUGAUCAUGACUACUCUACAGCCCUGCAGCAGAGGCACAAGGAGUAGCAGUUGGGAGACAUUUUCCUAUAGGGCUCUCUACAAGAAAGGGAUCUCUUUGGAAAUUUAUGCAAAUGAGGAGUUGUAUAACAGCAGCAGAUAGGAAGAAACAUCUUGCCCCUGUCACGGAUAUCCAGGAGUUGUGGCGAUCGAGCUGGAAGCUUAGAGGGGGACAUCCAGGUUUUAUAAUGUGCUUAGAGAACAUCAAUCACCAAACUAUGAGGGUGUCAAACUGACUUGGGAAAAAGACCUGGGAACACCUAUUCAACGGGAAAGCUGGAGGAAAACAGUACAAUCGUGGUAUUCCACAGCCCGGGACAUGCAAACACGCUUAAUUACUUUCAGAAUAAUAAAUAGUAAUUAUUGGACUCCAGCAAAGAUGACGAUGCUGGGACUAAGGGAGGACGACAAGUGUUGGAGGUGUGACAAAGGGAGUGGCACGUUGAUCCACAUGUUAUAUGAAUGUGAAAUGGUACAUGACAUCUGGUCAGCGGCUGUCAGAUGUAUUAACAAUAUAUUGGGAACAGAAUUCACAGAGGGUCCAGCAUUAUGUAUAUUAGGCAUCAUACCAAUAGAAGCCAACUUGUCUGCACAUAUGUGUUCUUGGGUGAAAUUAGCCCUCCUAACAGGAAGCAGGAUAGUGCUUAGGCAUUGGAAGUCAAGAGAGAAGGCCAGUUUUAAGGAAUGGAGAGAUGAACUGGCUAAAAUAGCUUCUUUUGAGCAGCUUAUUCACGGGGUUAACAACAGUCUAAGUGUGUUCAGAAAAGUCUGGGACCUCUAUCUGGAAAUGAUGAAUAGAGAGGAUCGCCAUGAUAAUUGAAAUCCAUGUGGAAUGUCCUUGAUGUAUGUGUAUUAUCUUGUAAUGCUCAGUAGAUGAAUGUGAAAUGCAAUGUUGUAUGAGGAAACGUGAUACUGUAUAUAUUGUCAAGAGGAAUGUGCAGAUUCUCUUUUAUGUUUUAUGUUGGUUUUCUGUUUUCUGUCUUUCUCAGUUUGGUUUUGUAUUGCUGUAAAUGGACAUAUUGACAUGUAAAAUGUGUGAUCAAG